AUGGCACAGUUUAAACUUUCUGCCACUCUAAUAGGACAUGAACAAGACGUACGUGGAAUUCGUGCGGUUUCUGAUUCUGCUGUCGCUUCAGUAUCUCGAGACAAAACUGUGCGGCUAUGGUCAAGGUUAGCAACUACAAACGUGUUCACCGAGGAUAAAGUUUUUUUCGGGCACACUCAUUUUGUGACUAGUGUUGCCGUGUUUCCAGCUACCCCGGAACACCCCAAUGGUCUUAUUGCUAGCGGAAGCAGCGAUAAAACCAUAAAUAUCUGGGAUCCCGAACACCCUCAAGAUCCGAUUUAUUCGCUUAUCAGUCAUACGGAGAAUAUUUGCGCGCUGGACGUUUCACCUUCCGGUUAUUUAGUAAGUGGAUCUUGGGAUAAGACAGUUAAAUUAUGGGUAAACUGGCAGGUUUCAUACACAUUGCAAGGACACACGGCAGCUGUAUGGGCUGUCUUGGCUAUCCAAGAUGACAUAAUUAUUACAGGAUCUGCCGACAAAUUAAUAAUGAAAUGGGAGAAUGGUAAAAGAACGCACGUUUUUAGUGGACACACUGAUUGUGUCAGAGGGUUGUCCGUACUUCCCGAUCUAGGAUUCGUAUCUUGUGGUAAUGAUAGUACUGUAAAAAUAUGGACUUUGUCGGGAGAUUGCAUUCAAGAAUUGAACGGACAUACUUCGUUUAUUUAUUCUGUUUCUGUGCUAUCAACCGGCGAGAUUGUGUCAUCGGGUGAAGAUAGAUCUGUUAAAGUCUGGAAAGAUGGUAAAUGUAUACAAACUAUAUUACAUCCAGCAACGUCAGUUUGGUGCGUUGCAGGACUUCCUAACGGUGAUAUUAUAAGUGGAGCUAGCGAUUGCCAAAUUCGCAUAUUUACACGUGCCGAAGAACGGACUGCCGAACCAAGUGCAUUGAAGGAAUUUGAAGGGGAGGUUGCAAAACAAGCAAUUCCAGCAAACCAGGUAGGCGAUAUAAAGAAGGAUGAGCUGCCUGGACCUGAGGCUUUAUCAGAACCUGGAAACAAAGAAGGCCAGGUUUUGAUGGUACGCGUUGGAGAUGUAAUUGAGGCACACAUGUGGAAUGAUACAGACAAGGCAUGGUCAAAAAUGGGUGAAGUCGUAGAUGCAGUCGGGCAAAAUCGAAAGCAAUUGUAUAACGGAAUAGAAUACGAUUAUCUGUUUGAUGUGGAUCUAGGGGAGGGAGUACCGCCUCUUAAGUUACCGUAUAAUGUGACGGAUAACCCGUAUCAAGCGGCCCAAGCAUUUAUAUGGGCGAAUCAAUUACCACAAAGUUAUUUAGACCAAAUAGCAAAUUUCAUCAUUCAAAAUGCUAAAGGUGUUACGCUAGGUGCCGUUUCUUCACAGUAUCAAGAUCCGUUUACAGGGGGCUCGAGAUAUACUCCAGGUGCUGCGCCAUCAGGAUCACGCUCUAGUGAUACUAUAACCGGUAUUGAUCCGUGGACACGUCCAGGGCCUAGCACCUCUUCAAGUGCUGCAACCUCUCCAAAUGUUGUAGCAUCCUCUCCAAAUGCUGCAGCUUCCUCGAAACCAAGUCCUGUUAAUGUUCUUCCUCAAAAGUCAUAUCUUUCCUUUAAACAAGCAAAUGUCCAAACUAUAUACAAGAAAAUUGGACAAAUCAAUAGCGAACUACAAGCAAAUCCAUCAACAAAUAGUUUGGCAUUAACAUCCGCCGAAAACUCAACACUUGGAAACUUAAUCAAGUUCUUGGAAAAUCCUUCUGUAGGAACAGACUCGUCUGAAGCGAGACAGAAUGAAUUCGCGGUGAUACAUAAAAUUUGUACUAGUUGGCCAUUUGAGAAAAGAUUUCCAGGUCUCGAUUUAUUACGAUUGGUGAUACUAUACUCACCUAUUGCGGCACUUUACAAGCACAACAACGGAUCCGUCAUUAAUCUAAUAGCAGAUGCUGGACAAUUAAACGUUUGGUCAUCAACGGACUUUGUGCCCACGAAAGAAUAUGAGACAAAUUUAAUGUUGGCUUUGAGAUCAAUAGCAAAUCUGUUCGAGGUGAAAGAAGGAUUACAUCUCUUGAGGGAGGCUAGUUCGACAAGAUCUCCCGACGAAGACUUUCUUUUGCAGUUGAUGGCAACUAUUGUUGAAUUUCUCGAAUAUGAAACAGAUCCUGAAGUGAUAUAUAGGGCGAUAGUUACUAUAGGAACCUUGAUAAUCUCCAACGGAGCAGCAAAAGACGCUGCUAAAGUUCUUGAAGUACAGAACGUCGUUAAGAAAGCAUCUGAGAAAACAAAAGAGGAAAGGAUCGUGCAGAUUACUGGUGAAGUUUCACGGCAUUUAGAUUAA